ACAAUAAAAGAAAUCGCACCGGCUAAUAAUAUUUAUAUAUAUUUUGCGCCCAUCAAUAUAAGACCAAGUUAGUUAAGAAAAUAGAUGGUUAUUAAACAUGUUUGUACUGGCAGAACUUAAAGACAAUGUACGCAUUGCGCCCGACCACUUUAAUUUGAAGCUUGUGGAUGCGGUGCGUGACGAAAUUGACAGGAAGCUGGCAAAUAAGGUGUUGCUGAACGUUGGCUUGUGCAUAGCACUCAAGGAGAUUGUCUCACUGAAAGACUCAAUUAUUCUGCCCGGAGACGGCGCCUCACACACAGAGGUGCUGUUUCGCUAUGUGGUGUUUCGGCCAAUGGUGGGAACCGUUAUUACCGGAAAAAUACGCAGCUGUUGCCGCGAGGGAGUAAACGUGACGCUGGGCUUCUUCGAUGAUAUACUUAUUCCACAUGCGGCUCUGCAGCAUCCGUCGCGUUUUGAUGAGGCGGAACAGGCGUGGGUCUGGGAGUAUCCAUUGGAGGAUGGCGGUAAACAUGAUCUCUUCAUGGACGUUGGCGAGCCAAUCAAGUUCCGUGUUUCCCGCGAAAUAUUCGAGGAAACAUCCCCCAUUGGCCCACCCAAAGCGGAGGGUCAAGCGUCCCAAAAUGCUAGCACCUCAGCAGCGGCAGCAGCCGCCUCUGCUGCAGCACAGGAAGUGAAGACACCAUACAAGAUAAUCGGCGCCAUUAACGAGUCUGGGCUGGGCGUGCUCUCCUGGUGGGAUCAGCAAGGCAAAGAGGAAGAGCAGGACGGUGAAGAUGGCGAAGAUAAUACGGAAUAUGAUAAUGACGACGAAGGGGAGGGCGCCUGCGAGGAAUGACAAAGGAGUGGAUAGCUUUUCUAAAAGCAAAUGUCACUAAGCUUAUUCUUUUUAUAGGAAUAUUAAUAAGAACUUAACUGUUAAGGAAUUUAGAAAAUAAUUAAACAAAAGUUGAAACUUGUUACA